AUGCCUCACAAACAUACUCGUCGCGAGAAGGAUUUGUCGACCUUCGACCUUCCCCCAACCCAAAUAGCGAAGCCGCUCCCGCCCACGACUAUCUCGAAGAAAAAGGCGCCCGCACAAAACAAGAAGAACGAUGGUAUCCAGAAGACUUCGUCUAAAAGGAAACGAGCGCCUGAAACUCAGGAUGCGCCGCGCGCCUUCAAGCGUCUAAUGGCUUUUGCCGAAGGAAGGAAGCCGCGCUCCGGGCUCGACAAUGGCGCACCGCCACCCAGCAAGAAGGCCAAGAAAAAGGCUGCUGCCGCCGCCGCUGCCGCCGCUUCCAACGAGACGCCCGCUCCCGAGAAAGAGAAAGAAACCGAAUCAAACCCCGAACUCAAGAUCCGACCAGGCGAGAAGCUUUCAGAGUUCAGCCAGCGUGUAGACGCCGCGCUACCCAUCAGUGGCUUGGUGAACAACAAGGCCAAGAAUGGCAAGGACCCGCUUGGCCUCAAGAUUUGGCGAACAAGGAAGGAGAUGAAGAUGCACAAACUCUAUGACGAAUGGAGGGUACAGGACGCCAAGAUCAAGGAGAAGAGGGAGGAAGAGCUCGAAGAGCUAGAAGAGAAGGAGAUGGAGGAGGAGGCCAUGGGCGUCACAUGGAAGCUGAACCAGGAAGCGGGGAAGAAAAAGAAGGGCAAGAAGGGCUCGAGGUACCUUGGCGAGUCUAAGGACAAGGAGGAUGACCCUUGGGAGGAAAUCAAGAAGAAGCGAGGUGAGGCCAAGAUUGGUCUCAACGAAGUGGCGGACGCCCUCCCGAGUUGA